AUGGAUCAGAAUUUCUCAACGGUGCGAGAUGGAAAGCAGCUGCUGCCGGUCCGGGACUCGUCGAAGCGCGUGCUGACGGGAUGCUUCCUCUUCCUCCUCAUCUUCACCACGCUGCUGGGCAACACGCUGGUGUGCGUCGCCGUCACCAAGUUCCGUCACCUGAGGUCGAAGGUCACCAACUUCUUUGUCAUCUCGCUGGCCAUCUCUGACCUCCUGGUGGCCAUCCUGGUAAUGCCGUGGAAGGCGGCGACUGAGAUCGUGGGCUUCUGGCCGUUCGGCGCCUUCUGCAACGUGUGGGUGGCGUUUGACAUCAUGUGCUCCACUGCCUCCAUCUUGAACCUGUGUGUGAUCAGCGUGGACCGCUACUGGGCCAUCUCGAGCCCGUUCCGCUACGAGCGCAAGAUGACCCCCAAGGUGGCGUGUUUGAUGAUCAGCGUGGCGUGGACCCUGUCGGUCCUCAUCUCCUUCAUCCCCGUUCAGUUGAAUUGGCACAAAGCUCAGACCACCAGCUACGCGGCGCUGAACGGGACGUUCAUCGGCGACCUGCCCCCCGACAACUGCGACUCCAGCCUUAACAGGACCUACGCCAUCUCCUCCUCCCUCAUCAGCUUCUACAUCCCCGUGGCCAUCAUGAUCGUCACCUACACCCGGAUAUACCGCAUCGCCCAGAAGCAGAUACGGAGAAUAUCCGCUCUGGAGCGGGCGGCUGAGAGCGCCAAGAACCGCCACAGCAGCAUGGGGAACAGCUCGAGCAUCGAAAGCGAGAGCUCAUUCAAGAUGUCGUUCAAGCGGGAGACCAAAGUCUUAAAGACGCUCUCAGUCAUCAUGGGAGUGUUCGUGUGUUGCUGGUUGCCCUUCUUCAUCCUUAACUGCAUGGUUCCGUUCUGCGAGCCGGACCCGCCGGACGGGACCACGGACUUCUUCUGCAUCAGCUCCACCACCUUCGACGUGUUUGUGUGGUUCGGCUGGGCAAACUCCUCGCUGAAUCCCAUCAUCUAUGCCUUCAACGCCGACUUCCGCAAGGCCUUCUCCAUCCUCCUGGGCUGUCACCGGCUCUGCCCGGGGAGCAACGCCAUCGAAAUCGUCAGCAUCAACAACAACGUGGGCGCCCCGGCCUCGAACCCCGGCUGCCAGUACCAGCCCAAGAGUCACAUCCCGAAGGAGGGCAACCAUUCGGCCAACUACGUGAUACCCCACAGCGUCCUGGGUCAGGAGGAGGAGUUACAGAAGAAGGACGGGUGCGGAUUGGAGGUGGCGGCGGGAACGGCGAACAACGCACUUGAGAAACUCUCCCCGGCCAUCUCGGGGAAUUUGGACAGCGACACCGAGGUCACGCUGGAAAAGAUCAAUCCCAUAACGCAGAACGGACAGCACAAGAGCGCGCCGCGUUGAGAGAGGGCCACGAGAUUGAUCGGAGGCAAACCGAGGCAUGGAUGUACACAAACACACACAAAGGGAAGAGAAGCUCACACAGUGGGGACGGCAAAAGUGACAAAAGAGACAUUUAUCUUUAGGAACACGCCUGACAGGGAAACACUGAGUGGGAUAUACAGGACCGUAGGACUGUCAACAAAAAUCUACAUGGAAAAACCUACAGAAUGUUUUAAAGUAAAGGCACUUUAUCCUGGAUACAACUAUCUGCAAAAUACUCUCAGCAUUUAUUUAUGAAAUUAACACAUUUUAUGAUAAAUGUUGAUAAUGUGAACAUUAACGCAGAACACUAGUUUUGUGCAAUUAUAUAUACUUUUUUUUUUUUACAUUUACAACGAUGUAUCCAUCUGCAUGUGCAUACUGUACAGUGCUGCCGUGAUCCUGGAAGGACUUAAACACAGUAUAUACAGUGGAGGAGGAUGUAAUAACUAUUAGCAAAAUGUCUUGUAGGUAGGUGCUUUGUAUGUGUUUUUACGGAAGACAGAUCAAUGUGGGGAAAUUGAUUUUCUUUGGUACAGAAUAAUAGUUCUUUGUUGCAGUUCUUUUUCUUCAGUUCUAACGACGAUUUUAUUGCUAAAUCAAAACACCUCAGACACCAAAGUGACAGUAUUCUGAUUCAAUCUAAAACAGACUGGUGGUAGAUGAAGGAGUUCAGAACCGUAUGCCAUGUCAUUGAUUUAUGAAUUUCAUAUAUUUCCUUUUUGCACCCCUGUUAUCUCGCAGUAUCCACAGGUACCCGUCACUCCUAUUGUCCUUACCGUCCUUUCCUUGCAUUCUGAUCGGACCAUCCAUAGCUUUGUCUCCGCCCGCCGCUCUCCAGCAAACCCUUUCUAGAGCCCUGUAGUCUGUUUUUCCUGCUCCCCUUCCCUCAGUCAGAAAAGCCCCUUCCUCCCUCAUGCUGCCCUUAUUUCUUCAGCGUUGUCAACGUCCCCCCCCCC